UUCUCCCCGCAUCGUUGACCAAGCCGCUGCAAGGCUCUCUCGCACGCCCACCAUUCCGGUCGCUUCGAUUGCCGCCCGCGCACUAGGUAGCGCCAGCCUCUGCGCGCUUCGCCGCCGCCACAGUCCCACGCCGGGCGCAGUCGUGGGCUUGAUCGCUCCUCGCCGAGCACGUCUUGCAAUCGCCUCGCCGAACAUGCCUGCCACCAGCAAAAAUGCCGCACCAGCCCCGGCUGCCGAACCACCGUCCAAGAAGCGCAAGAUGGACGCCGUCGAGCAAAAGUACUAUGCCGUCCGCGCCGGUUUCACGCCCGGCGUCUACACCAGCUGGUCUCUCUGCCAGCAGCAGAUCACGGGCUUCAAGGGAGCGCAAUUCAAGUCCUUCCUCAGCUACGACGACGCCUUAGCGUUCGCCUCCGGGCGCAAUCCCACCUCCGCGACUGACGGCUCGAAGCCACCUCGGUUCUACGGCGUCGCCGUCGGUCGCAAGCCAGGCGUGUACAUGGACUGGUCGCAAGCACAGGAGGCAAUCGUGGGCUGGAAGGGACCCAAGUUUAAGAAAUUCGAUACCCGCGCGGAGGCGGAGGCGUUUGUCCGUUCCUACGGCGCCCUCUCCAAGGGGACAAAUUCGACCGUCCCGGAGGCCGGUAGCGAAGACCAAGUCGGUGCCGCUGAGAAGCGGCCAGCCAAAAAGGCGAAGACGACGCCCAAAGUUCCAACCGCCCGCAAUGGUGUGGUGGUCGUCUAUACAGAUGGGAGCAGCCUGGGCAACGGCAGGAAUGGGGCCACUGCCGGCGUUGGGGUAUACUUUGGGGAGUCUGAUCCGAGGAACAUCUCGGAGCGCUUGCAGGGCGAGCCCCAAACGAAUCAGCGUGCCGAGCUGACAGCCAUCCUCCGCGCCCUCGAAACGGUUGACUUAAGCCAAGACAUGGAGAUACGCACGGAUAGCAAGUAUUCCAUCCAGUGCGUGACCGAGUGGUACAUCAACUGGGAGAAGAACGGGUGGAAGACGAGCACAGGGCCGGUCAAGAAUCAGGACCUCGUCCAGCUGAUCCGCGACAGGCUGGACGCCAGGGAAAGCAAAGGCGGGAGGACCCAGUUCAUCUGGGUCAAGGGGCAUGACACGGACGUAGGCAACAUCGCAGCGGACCGGUUGGCGGUUGAGGGCGCGAAGAAGUGAUACCCAUCGUACACUAUUCCGUAUACCCCCCAUCGUCGUGGCGUUUCAUGGUGGGGCUUGCAUUCGCGGAGGGCGCAUCGUUUCCUGUUUUACUGUUUUACACUAUUACCCCGGUUCGCCCUCUAUUUUCGGCGUUGCCCCUCAACAGGACUUCUUCCGUGCGCACCUCUGUCCUCAUUGUUGGUGAUGUGCUAUGGCACAGGCGGGCCUCGCCUCACUCGCUGCUUCAUGUUGGCAAGCUUUCCACGGCUCCACCAAGUCACUAACCGAUACCUAGUGUAAACAGAGACGUAAACCUAACUGUGAUCGGUUUCUCACCCUCGGCAUAUCGUUACCUCAGUACCGGAAAGGUAUUAGUGACGGAUUGACUGGCAUACCAACAUGGCCACUCAUUUGGCCGCCUUGUGAUAGUGUAUUCCGUACAAAGUAGCAAUCUGGGUGACGGGAACCAGAAGGCUGAUGGCUAAAGAGGUCCCGCCAAGACCAAUUUCCGAUGUCCCCACAGAUACUAUAGCCGCCGCACUUAGAAGUAACUCCUUUUACCGCCGCUUAACAAUUUCAACGUAGUGGUCCUUGCGCCUACGUCGCGCCAACGGCUACCUAGCCGCUAGUUUACAUCUAUGUAUAUCCUACCUACGUUUCCCUAACUAAUCUGCG